UGUCGGUAACAAUGAUUCUUCAUCUUGAUGUUAUAUAUAAACUAAGUUAGUACACAAGACAGAUAUUGCAAUAACAAUUCACAAAAUGCCUUAUCCUCCUCCUCAUCGUCAUCCUCCUCCUUUCCACCAUCCACCGCCACCAAGACCACCGCCUCCGGAGCCUCGCCCUCCUCCACCUCCUCCAGGACCUCAGCCACCACCUCCACCUCCUCCCAGACCUGAUCCACCACCUCCACUUCCCGGAGCUACUUGGUUUCCAGGACUUCUUGGGCCACGCCCUCCUAGACCACCAUAUUAGUCGUCAUGAAUGUUUUGGUCUAUUUAAGUAUAUAAUUCGAAAUAUAUAUUGUCGAAACAUCUUAGAUCUUUAAAGAUUUCAUAUGUGUAACACUUUCAUGUGUAUUAGGCUCAUCUGUGUAAUCAUCCUUCAUAUGUGUAAUUAGAAUGUAUCUCAACCUUCGCAGGGUGGUAGGUUGAAACGGAGCACGCUUGCACUUUAUUUGAUUUUGUAUUUGUAAUGUAAAAUUUAGAAUAUAAUAACUAGUUUGUUGUUUACGUUU